AUGUUCCUGGAUCCAAUCUACUGCCUUCAUAAAGACACAGUAGUUGAUUUAAUCAUCGCAGAGUCUGUGAAGCUCUUAAGGAAGAAAGAAGUUUCAAGUGGAGAGGACACGAUUGAGUUGGAUCUUGAAGAAGAGUUCUCGAGUUUGGCUCUUGAUAUUAUACGGAUUAGUGUGUUCAACUACGACUUUGACUCUGUCACAAAAGAGUCCCCUAUGAUUAAGGUGGUGUAUGGAACUCUGUCCGAGGCAGGGCAUCGGUCUACUUUCUACUUCCCCUAUUGGAACUUUCCUCCAGCCAGAUGGAUAGGUCCAAGGCAAAGAAAGGUGCAAAGCGAUCUCAAGAUUAUAAACGAUUGCCUUGAUGGAAUCAUUCAAAAGGAAAAAGAGACAAGACAGGUGUUUCACUACUUGCCGCUCUCUUCAUUCUACUGUUCAGUUUCUGACUUUCUCCUGCAUCUUUACUGCAUCUUUACUCAUGACUUGAUGACUAUGAUAAGUGCUGGUCACGAGACAACAGCAGCUGUUUUUACUUGGGCUGUUAACCUUCUUGCACAAAAUCCUGAAAAAAAUAGGAAAGCUCAAGCUGAGAUUUAUACUGUACUUGGUGAAGGUGCACCUAUUUAUAAAUCAUUGAAAAAGCAAGAGUCCGUUAAUUUAUAAAUUAUUUCGUACAUCUUUCUUUUGGUCUGUUUUUUCGAUCAUUGAAUUCUUUGCUCAAUGCUUCUGCAGGUACAUACGACUCAUCAUUGUAGAAUCCCUUCGUCUAUAUCCUUUCUCAUUUUUAUUGUCAUGUACGGAAAGACAGAACCACAAGGUUUCAACUGGAGAUUUCAAAACCUAUUGGUAUAUACUUUCACAUAAACUUUUGUGCUUUCCUUGAGUUAUGAACCACACAUGCCUCUAGAGAAUGAAUCACUUAUUAGAAAUGUUAACGUCUUGAAGGCAAACAGGCUACAAAAAGGACAUGUAUCUUUGUAUAAUUGUAUUUCUUUUUUUUCACAGGAGAACCUCAAAAGUGAAGUAGUCUGGACAUGAAAACUUAAGAAUUUUUAUGCUCCACUUCAUAACAAACUUGGAAUCUUUCUUUCCUAGAUUUUAGAAUCAUGAUUGUUAUAGUGUUACUUAUAUGUUAACUUUGUCACUCUUUACCAGGAGCUUUGAGAUCACUUAAAGUCCAAGGUUAGUAGGUUACAUAUGGAAGCUUAAAAAAGCCUCCAUGAGCGGAUCCAAAAAGAGUAUUAUUCCUAUGUAUCAUGAAGAUUAUCUGAUGUAGUUUAAUUCAUGUGGUGUUUGUCCAAUGGUCCAUGUAUUUAGAGAUUGAAAAAACAGGAACUGUUACCUACAUAUCAUGUUUUGGGAAACAAGAAAAGUUACUAGAGUACAAGAGCUCUUCCUUAAUGCCAUCACCAAAGCAAUGCAAUAACACAUUUGCAGCAACCGUA